GCCGAUCACUCUGCAUCUCAAUCCACGCACUGUCUCCCCCGCCACUCUUCCGUGCCGGAACUCGGAACAGCGCCGGCCGCACCGGCCGUGCCCGCCGAUUGAUGGCGAGCAGGGCACCCGAAGCGGUGCACACACGCACGCGCUCACAGCUCACGUGGGUGCACCGCCCCGCUCCCACGCCCAACAUCCACAUGAUGCAGCAGCAUGCACGCCACCCCCACUUUCCAUAUAUACCGCCUAGCGAACAAGAACGCACAACAAUCUCCACUCAGCAUGCGUGCGAUGCGCCUCCUCACCCCCCUCUCGGCGCUCCCCUUCAACCCGUUCCCUCUAGCCUCCCAUCCCCUCCCACCACCCAUCCCCAACUCGUCCCUCUCGUUCUCGUGCAUGCGCCAGAGCCAGGCCACUCCUCCUCCCGCAACUGCGACACAGCAGCCUCUCCUCAGCCUCAACAAUGCUGGCGCCGACACGGAAUCCACCCACCCUCCCCGCCCGCGCUUGCGUCUCGACACGCGUCCCGAGGUCCUCUCACCGUCGCUCGAGCGCCGCUCGCACCCCUCCACCCCGUCGCGCGCGACUCACUCGCCCCUCUCGCGCUCCAGCAUCUCCCCGCGCUCACGCACGCGCGCCCGCCGCCCGCGCCGCCGCGACGCGAUGGAGCCGCGCACCGUCCACUUCGUCGGCUUCCUCCAGCGCAUGCACGCGACGCUAGACGCUGCGGCCGUAGGCACCGUAAGCUCCGCCGGCGGUGGUGCGGAGGCGACGGUGACGGCGACGGCGAUGGCGACAGGUGAGGCCAUCAUGGCCGCCCUCGAAGUCUACUUCCCCUCGCUGGCGCGCGAGCCCGCUGCGUGGGCCGCCGUGCGCAAGGGCAGCCUCGAGGCGCGCGUGACCGCAUUGCAUACGCUUGUGUUGGCGCGCGUGCCGCCCGAAGGCGAUCCUGCGCGCCACUAAGCCGUCGCAGCAUGUGCAGGCGGUGUGGUGACGUGGCGACGUGGAACACCGAGCAUGGCUCCGAUUUCUCAUGAGUGGGCGCGACACACACG